UUAAUGCAGAAGAACAGCAUAUAACCUCAGGAUCGGUCAUCUAUAAAGCUAUAGAAGACAAUCUAUGGAUAGAAAAAGAUGAAUUGAAAGAUAUUAUAAAAAAGGUGGUAUCAUUCACUAAAAAGAGAAUUGUAUUGGAUGAUGUUUACGCAGACAGUGGUGCUACUGAGAAAGAGAGUAUAAUAGCUCAAGUUCUCUAUAGCCUACCAACAGGAUUUUUCCUCGACAGUGGGAGG